ACGCAUAGAAAAUUGGGGGUUCUCACUGCAUGUGCUGUUUCACAGUCUUUUUUUAAAAAAAUCUAAUGUUACAUAUAAAAAUAUUUUUGAAAGCCGCUUGAUGUUCCUUCCCUUUAGGCCGUACCGUACUUUAGUCAUGCCCAUUUGAGCUGUUUUCCAAUCUUUCUCAAAUUAAGUAAGUAACUCUAUGAUGUACCUAAGUCUUUUAUUUGGAUCUAAUUACCUUCUUCAGAGAAACUCCUUGAAAUUAUUGGGGCAAAGUGAACUUUUAAUUGUUAAUAAAUUUUUCUUAAAUUACACAAAACGAAAAUUUCAUCAUCGGAUUCUACUCCAUAGAAAGUCUAGGGCGGCUUCCUGCCAGUUUGAAUCGGACCGUCUCAAGUUCCCCUCCAGCCCUAAAUUUUCAGUCUCGGUAAACAUCUCCCAGCAGCCCGCACCCAAGCCUGCGCACAAUCGCCCAAACCCAGGCCUCCUGACCAAAGGGGAAACUUAAGGACACGCCCCCGAAGCGCAACCUCUUUAAAUUUUAAAAUGAAGGCCCAAGCCAAUGAAUGUUAAGUUUCUCCCGGAACUGGGUGCCCCACUCACAGCCACGCCCUCCACCAAUCAGGCAGAGAGCUUCUCCGUCGUCCUUCCAAUCAGCGCCAAGGCUGGGAGUUACUCACGUAAGUUACGUGAGGCGAGCGACCAAUAGGAGCUGACUCUGGGGGCUGACUCCGCCAAUGGCAGCAGCGCUUGGAGAGCGCGGGAGCUUUUCCACCGGGACUCCUGAGGGAAAGUGGUGAAUGGCGCUGGCUCCCUGAGGCGAGGGCCGAGAGGACGGCGGCGCGGGCCCCGGCCGGAGCCCGGGGGCGGCGGCGCGGCCGGCAUGGCCUGCUGUCACAACGUUAUGUUGCUGCUGGACACCGCGGGCGGUGCCGCCGGCCGGAGCCCGGCCCGGCGGGCCGCCCUGCGCCUCCUCACUUACCUGAGCUGCCGAUUCGGCCUGGCCAGGGUCCGCUGGGCCUUCAAGUUCUUUGACUCCCAGGGGGCGCGGAGCCGGCCGUCCCGCGUGUCUGACUUCCGCGAGCUGGGGGCCCGCUCCUGGGAGGACUUCGAGGAGGAGCUGGACGCCGUGCUCGGGGACGGCGCCCACGGCGCCCACCUGCCGGGCCCGGCGCCCAGGGCCAGCCACACGCACGGCGCCCUGAUGGAGACGCUGCUAGACUACCAGUGGGACCGGCCCGAGAUCACGUCGCCCACCAAGCCGAUCCUGCGCAGCAGCGGGAGGAGACUGCUGGACGUGGAGAGCGAGGCCAAGGAGGCCGAGACUGCGCUCGGGGGCUUCGUGAACGCGGUCUUCCUGCUGGCCCCCUGCCCGCAUUCGCAGAGGGAGCUGCUGCAGUUCGUGUCCGGGUGCGAGGCGCAGGCCCAGCGCCUGCCGCCAGCCCCUAAGCAGGUGAUGGAGAAGUUGCUGCCCAAGCGAGUGCAGGAGGUCAUGAUCGCCCGAAAAAUCACCUUGUACUGGGUGGACACCACCGAGUGGCCCAAGUUGUGGGAGUCCCCGGAUCACCUUGGGUACUGGACAGUGUGUCAACUGCUCCACCUUGUAGGAGGCACUAUCUUACCAUCCGAAACUUUCCGCCAGGAUUGCGCUAAAGCUGGGAAAAUACUACUUGGCAGUGAAAAAAAGCUGUCAAGUGGAUCUCCCCUCACUUCAUGGAUUUCGACUCUGCCAUCUGAUGCCACUUUAAACUGUUUGCUCUAUAAUUCUCCUGCGUAUGAAGCCUCAUUUCCACGGAUGGAAGGAAUGUUAUUUCUCCCUGUCAAAGACAAAGAGAUUCAAGAAACGUGGACAGUCACCCUAGAGCCCUUGGCCAUGCAUCAGAGACACUUUCAGAAGCCAGUCAGAAUUUUCCUAAAAGGCACAGCAGCCCGGUGGUCUCUCCCAGCGAGUAGCAUUUUGGGCACCGAUAGCUGGUUGCUACAAAGUCCGGAGGAGAGCGAAUCAACUCAAAGGCUGUUAUUUCAGCAGCUGGUAAGCAGGCUGACUGCUGAAGACUUACACCUGGUUGCCAGCGUGGACCCUGGUGAAGGCUGGCCCCCCAUCACUGGAGUUAUUUCCCCCCUCUCUACCAAUGCUACAAUUCUCACUGUGUUCCGCACCGAGGAGGCUGAAUUUCAAAGACAUUUUCUCCAAACAGUUGUGGCAGAGAGCCCCCAGGAUACAGCGUCCCUUUUUUCUGAUGUUAUGGAUAUUGUACUGAGUCAGAUUCACAGUUCACUUGAGGAUUCUGCCACCUGUGCUCCUCCUGUUCCAGAGUGGGCCCAGCAGGAGCUUGGCCGCACCGGUCCUUGGAGCGCGGCCGUCAUGGAGAAGUGGUUCCCCUGCUCUAACCUGACUGGCGCUAGUUCAAGUCUGAUGGAGUCAUUUUGGUUACUACAGGCUGCCUCAUCUAAUAAGGAAGAGUCUUCCAAAACUGAAAGUGAAUUAACGUGUUGCCUCUCUGACCUCUACCAGAGAAAGUCUCGGGAAGAAUCCACUGUGUCUAAUCAGGAAGACAGCAAAAAGAAACGAGGGGUCCCUCGCACCCCAGUGAGGCAGAAGAUGAACACCAUGUGCCGUUCCUUAAAGAUGUUGAAUGUCGCGAGGCUGAACGUGAAGGCCCAGAAGUCGUGUCCAGAUGGCAGUCCAGAUGCCACCGGGGAGAAAGGGAUCCCAAGGGCAGCCGUUGGAAGAACGGCAGAUAAAGUGGAAAACCGAGGGAGAACACUCCGAAGCUCUAAACCUAAAGACUUUAAAACUGAAGAGGAGCUCCUGUCUUAUAUACAUGAAAAUUACCAAAAGACUGUGGCCACAGGAGAAAUCAUGUUGCAUUCAUGUGCUCGGAAUAUGAUCUCAACCAUUAAAGCAUUCCUAAAGUCAAAAGGCACCAAGGAAUUCCUUACUUCCAAGGAAUUGGAAAUGAACUGCCUGAAUCAGGUAAAAAAUCGCCUCUUAAAAACUAGCAAAAGUCUUCGACAGAAUCUGGGCAAAAAACUGGAUGAAGAUAAAGUCAGAGAGUGCCGGCUUCAGGUAUUUCUUCGUUUGGAGAUGUGUCUGCAGUGUCCCUCCAUACAUGAAAGUGUAGAUGAUAUGGAGCAAGUGGUGAAGGAGGUGACGGAUUUGCUGCGCAUGGUGUGUUUAACUGAGGAUUCGGCAUACCUCGCGAAGUUUCUGGAAGAAAUUUUGGAAUUGUAUAUUGGCUCCAUCCCGAAGACGCUCGGAACUCUUUACGACAGCCUGGGGUUUAUGAUUCCUCAGAAGCUAGCUGGCGUCCUUCCUCUAGACUUUUUCAGCGAUGACUCCAUGACACAGGAGAGCAGAUCACCGCUUCUUUCUGUGCCUCUUCUGUCAAGUGCUCAGAGAUCAGUGUCGGGCGGCACUGAAUCUGACCAACUGGAGGAGCUUCGUACCAGAUCAGCUAAGAAGAGAAGGAAAAAUGCGUUAAUAAGACAUAAAAGCAUUGCAGAGGUUUCACAGAAUCUUCGGCAAAUUGAAAUUCCCAAAGUGUCCAAGAGAGCUACAAAACAUGAAGGCUCUCACCUUACUCUUCAGCAACCUCCAGUCCCGGCAAAAGAUACAGUGCAAGAAGUGACCAAAGUUCGAAGAAAUCUCUUCAACCAUGAAAUGAUUUCUCCUUCAAAGAGAUUGGCAAAGCGGGGGUUGCCUAGAAGCCAUUCUGUGUCGGUUGUGGAAGGUUUGGAGAAUAAACUUAACAACUUGAAGAAGAAGACAAAAGGUUAUCACAGACUGCUGACUAAGAGUGUGGCUGAGACUCCAGUACAUAAGCAAGUCUCCAGAAGGCUUCUUCAUAGACAAAUCAAGGGCAGGUCCUCGGAGCCUGGUCCUGAUAUUGACAUAGUCGAAGAGUCCCCAGAAAAAGGAGCAGACGAAAUAAGCUUGAGACGAAGUCCUCGAAUCAAGCAGUUGUCACUCAGCAGGACAAAUUCUGGUUCCUUCUAUUCUGUGUCUCAGCCCAAGUCUCGAAGUGUGCAAAGAGUUCACUCAUUCCAGCAAGACAAGUCAGACCAAAGAGAAAAAUCUCCAAACCGAAGUAUUCGUUCUCCCAAGAGCCUGCUUUUUGGGGCAUUGCAUGAGAUGGUCAGUCCUUCUGAGAAGGGUUCAGCUCGACUUCAGAGGACUUCAAGAAGCACAUUGGGUUCUGAGAUACCUACAGCUUAUCAGACUCCCAAGAAGAGUAACCGGAAACCUGCAAGCUCUUCUAAAGAGACGCCGAGACGGUUCCCUCGUAUGCCACGAACUCCACGGCGCACCCCUGAAAGGUGGCAGAAACCCCCUACCGAAGUGACCCCUGCGAAAAAGGCCAUUUUUGAGGAGUCCUUAAAAGACUCCUCACGGGACCGGGGCUCACCAUCUCAACCAAAAGUCACUCCUCAGCAAGGCUGCUCCCUGGCGAAAGGAGGAACCUCUCCUCUUGAAAAGAAUAUCCCAAGAACCCCCAGAAGGCCAGGUGGUCAGCCAGCUGGAUUUCUGCGGAAUUCUACUUGGCCACUCUCGGUGACCUCCAGUCCAGAAAGCACCCCCUGCCCCGCAGCCCCCAACGGGACCGCAGGUCUGAGUCCUGCCGGGUCCUCUCCGCGAGCGGCAGCCUCGGGGGUGCGGGGAGAGACGCCUCCGGACCAAGAGCACCACCGUCCCUGUGUCCCCGGGGCCUCCCAGGCAGGGGAGCUAGCAGAAAAAGGAGAGGAGAAAGCCGCCUCCACCCCCGGGAGCCCGGGGAUGACAAGUCUGGUGCCUCCCCCAUCUCCUCCUCCAGAGAAGCCUUUCACCUUUCCCUCAGGCAAGGUUUCCAAGAAGAGUCCAUUUCGGAAAUUUUCGACGAACUCUCCUUCCCCCGGAGAAAUGGACUGGAGAGAGCCCUGGAAAGCCCCCAGUGUAGCCUCACCUCUCUCCUGUCCUGCUCCCUCAACUCCUCCCAGAAUCCUGCAGAAUGCCCAGUCUGACCCCGCACCCGCUCUGCCCCCUUCUAAAACUGGAAAAAGGUGCAGAGAGCCCUCGGAUCUUGCAAGCAGCUUCCUGGAACACCAGCCUAGUGCCUCUGCUGCUCCUAGAGAGGCCCCAGCUGACAACCCAGCUGCCAGCACAGAUGCCAGAAAGGACCAGAAGGAAGCGAGCCUCUCUCUCCGGUCUUCCCCUGAAAGACGCAGCUACCCUGGGCUUGGCUUCAGUAGGGACUGGCGUCUGUCCUCUCCGCUGCUGAUGGCGAGUGACACAGAGUAUCUCUCUCUCCUGGACGAAGCACAGCUUGACGGCAGUGAUGGCUUGAAAAGUGAUGUGGCACCAAUGGGAGAGGAGAGGCAGUCAAGGACGAUGGUUGCCAAGAAGUCUUCUCCGUCGAGCCCUGGGGUUCUUCCAUCCCCUCGUUCCUGUGGGCCUGGCUCUCCCCCGACACCUUCCUACGACCUGCGCUGCACUGCAGACAGAAGGCAGCGCCAGGCCGCUGCGCAGCUGGAGGAUCUGCAGGCAUCAGCUCAGCUUCCAGAAGCCCCCGCCAGCCCGCAGACCUACGAGGUAGAGCUGGAGAUGCGAGCUUCUGGCCUGCCCAAGCUUCGCAUCAGAAAAAUCGACCCCGGCUGUCUGUGCGAAGCUGAGUCCCUACGAAGGGCGGGGAGCUCCCGGGGCGACGAGAGCUCCCUCCCUGGUGUUGGCCUGCCCCGGGCUGGCAGGUCCUCAGGGAGACCCGAAGCCACCUACGUGUCUCCCCCCUGCCUCCGCCCCUCACACAGCACCCCUGGCAAGAGCAGGGGACAGAUGUACAUCUGCCAGUCCUGUACCCCCACCCGCGGCCCCUCUAGCACCCCCUCUCCGUUUCAGACAGACGGCAGUGUUCCUUGGACCCCGUCUCCCAAGCACAGCGGGAAGACCACUCCAGACACCAUCAGAGACUGGCCCCGCAGGAAGCGGGCAGUGGGCAGCAGCUCUGCUGCGAGGAGCGAGGUCAGCGCUGACCUCCCUGCAGGGGUGUCCCUACUCGAGCCGGAGAGGAGGGAGCGAGGCCCCGAGCUCAGCAUCAGCAGAACUCCCCUCUUGGGGGAUUUUGAGCUCGAGGGGGUGUGCCAGCUGCCCGACCAUUCGCCUCCCGGGGACAGUGUGCCGAAGGCCGAGGAAGCCUGCUCCUGGGGACAGUUUGGGCUGGGUUCCAGGAAGAGGCUCCUUCCUGCGGAGGAGGAAAUGGAGUGUCAAGCAAAAAGAGCGUGUGAUGGGCAGAGAGGAGACCCAGAACUCAGCAAGAGCGAGGAGCGGUCUCCGGGCGCGAGCGUGCUGUACCUGCCCUCGACGGGGGACGACGAGGUGUUCUUUUCAGGUUCCACGCCUUCUCCUGGCUGUGCCGUGCGGAGCGGCGUCUCUGCCAGCGGGCUGCAGGCCCUGACCCAGUCUCCACUGCUGUUCCAGGGGAGAACGCCUUCCUCUCGGUGGAACGAUGCCAGAGAUGAGGAUAUGGAUGUUUUCCCGGCUAAGGCAGAAGACUCUCCUUUCAGCCAAGCCUUGUCCAGGAGACGCCCCAUCAGCAGAACUUACACACGGAAGAAGCUGAUUAGCUAGUGAGGCUGGAACCGGUUGGGGGACUUACAUCCUCAAACACUACGGAGCGUGGCCGGAGCCACCGUGUCCCCAGCACAGAAGACGUGUUCUGAGUGGUCUUCUCCGGGUUGGAAGUUCCAGGCUGCUCUCUGUCCCACGUAACCCUGGGCUUGCUGCACAGAAACAGGAAUCGCCAGGGCUCAGUGGAGCCAAGGGAGUUCAAAAGAGGAAGCUGCAGUCAGCCUGGUCCCCAUGCCUCUUUGACAGCUGACCACAAAUUCUUUACUCCCUCUCUGGGAAUCCAGCCCUACCCCUCCUUGGGGAGGUGGUGUCGCUGGGGCUGGGAGUCAGGAAGCAGGCAGGAACUGUAAGACCAGGCGCUUAUUCCAGCCCUGCCUUCUGAGACACCAAGGCAAGUCAGUCGACCGCCCCCCCCCCCCCCCCCCC